GUGUGCAUUUCAUAAAAACUGUGGGCCCAUUUAAUUUCCGGUUAAGUUUCGUCAAGUAUGUUUGUAUUUUGGUAUGGUUUAGUUUGUCCGAAUCUGAUUGUAGUUCUCAUAAAACCCAGUCACGAUGGUGCCUCCUCCGUUUCCUUCACUUGAAAUCUAUAUAUAUCAGCUGGUUGAAAGCAUGAUUGAUCCUCAGAAGUCAGUUUAUCAUUUUAUAAAGCGUAGAAAGAUUCCCGAAGAUGGCUUCCUCCGAUGCUGUUGUCGCGCAAUCGCUCUCGACUUGGCUUCUGUAAUGGCCAGCGACCGGAAAACGGAGAAAGAUGUUUCUGCCGAUUCUCUUUCUUGUGUGCUUUGCUCGAAUGGGAUAGAAGGGGAAAAUCAAAAAGCCGAGCCCGAGAAUAAAGGAAGUCGGGACGCAAUAGAAAUUAAGUCUGCUACUCAGUAUCUAAAGGUCAUGAAUCUGCCAACUCAUAUCUGACAGAGGAAGAAAGAGUCAUGAAAGAGCAGAGUGAAUUCAUGGGAAUCUACUCCUCCACGAUUUGAGAUCAUCAUCGAGAUAUGCGUUUGCACAUUGAGGAAAUGUCUUACUGGUGAGCCAUUCAUUACUCUUUACCAUGUUGUUAUCAUAGUUAUGUAUUUAGCACCUGCAAGUUGUCUGUCUUCAGAAUUAGUUUGUGAAUCUCGCAAUGUAGUUUUCUGUGAUCACGUUUAUGUUUUUUUGUUGAAACUGAUUUGAUAACACAUUGGUCUGAACAUGAGCUUCUUGCGUUGAGUGAGCGGAUUGGAACUGUAAACACUGGUUUGACAGAGGAAGAUGUCAAGAGCCAUCUUAAAAGAAGAACAUGUUCUGUAAUCAACUUUGCAGAAGAAUCACCCUCGUCUCCGCAAACUAAAGAUAAAACUGAACCUUGCACCAUAUGUCAGGAAA